AUGUCCGUUGCCCCACGCAACCCUGACUUCACUGGCUACUGGAGGCUGGUGAAGACCGAGAAUUUCAACAAUUUCCUGAAGGAUUUGGGUUUGCCAUGGACUGUCCGCAAGGCUGCCCUCCGGUUUGGUAGCGCCUCCGUGGACCUCAUCAGCCACACAGGCACGACCGUGAAGGUCACCUCCCUCUGCGCCAAGGGGUCGUGGACAAGGGAGUACGACACCGCAGCUGCCAUCAAGCAACGCAACGCCCAGGGCGAGAUGUGCGCGACCAAUGCUCGCUGGGAAGGCAGCGUCCUGGUGUCGACCAUGGAGGGCUCGCCACUGGGCGUCGCAACCUCGGCCCGCUUCAUGGCCGGGCCCACCAUGGUGGUGAAGACGGCCGUCAGGCUUGCCUCCGGCCGCGACGCCAUCAUGUUCUGGAUCUUUGACCGCAUGCAGGCCGUGGAGGAGAGAGUGAGCGGGCCGGGCGGCCGCCCGCUGCUGCUGCGCCAGCUGGCGGCAGACCACGCACACGUGGCGCGCGCCACGCGCCGCGACAACGCCUACCUCCAGGACGUGCUGCUGGACUGGGCGCGCUGGAGAUCCCCCGCCGACGACUUCAUCCAGCAGCUGGCGCACAAGCUGGUGGAGUUCUGCGAGGGGCGCGGCAUCUCCUCCGUGGUGCCCCUCGCCUCGCCCGGCACGGCCGCGGAGCCGCAGCUCCUCGGGAUGAGCCCAGAGCAGGCCGAGGAGACCGCGGCAAAGAUGAGCGAGCUGGAGGCGGACAUGCUGCUGGCGCGGCAGGGGGCGCCGCGCGGCUGGGCCUGCUGCGGCCUCAUCAUCACGCGGCGCAGCACCCAGAUCCCCGACCACCUCCGCGUCUGGGAGAUGAACCUGGCGGCCUGA